AAUCUUAAAUCCAUCGGUCCCAAUGGCUCUGCGACUUUCUGGAAUUCUCAUGGGUGGAGUCGUCAUUGUUUACGAACGCAAAGUGAAACUCCUUUAUGAUGAUGUGACUCGUCUCAUGGUGCAAAUCAAUGAAGCUUGGAAGGUGAAAUCAGCAGCUCCCGAUCCUACGUUGCUUCCCAAGAGUAAAGUGCAAGCCAAGUAUGAAGCUGUUACUCUGCCGGAAAACCGGGAGGAAGAACUCCCGGAGAUUGAACAGACAAUGCGAAAUUCGGACACUGUCACAAUGAUGGGUUUCGAACAGACCUCGUAUUUCGCGAUGAGACUAGAUAAUGUAGACCUCUAUGAUAAACCCAAUGCACAGGAAGAACCUGCCCAGGACUUUCAUCAAGUUGAUCUAGAUAAUAUCACCCUGGCUGAACAUUUUGAUGCCCAUCAGGCAGAUUCAGAUAUGUUUAAUCAUUUUGAGAGGUUUGAUAUUGAAGGGGAUGAAGAAACACAAAUGAAUUUUACCCAGCCAGAGGAAGCUCAAAUCCCAAGUACUCUUGUGCCAUCUCCACCCCGACAAGAAGCCCAUCAACCUGAUGAGAUCCCUGACAGACAUCCAGAGGAGCAAGUGAAGCAACAAUCUGAAGCUGAAGAAGUUUUUGAGAGACAGCAGGACCAACAAAGGCCAAAGCCAGCUCGACAAAGAGCAAGAAAAUUAGCGCGUCUUGCAAUUGACAAUGAACAAACUAUUAUUCCUGGUCACAUAUAUCAUACCUGGCUUCAGGGUUCUUCAGAUAUUGUAUCAAGAACAAGGAAAAAGAGAAAGACUUUGAGUGCCUCAUCUUCUAUGAAGAUAGGCAGACUCAUGGAGGUGCCUCCUAUUGCAUUACUAGAAGGGUUGCUCACAAAUGGAAAUAGGGAAGUUCACUAUCCAGCACCACUCUUAAAAUUGUGGUUACGAAGUACCCAACCUCCCCAUGAUUCACCUUCUGGAAAGACCUCUCCGCCUUAUCCUCCUGAACCAUCCUACACAUCUCCAGCUGAAAGGAUGCACAAUUUUGAACCUGUCAGAUAUCCUUUGGAAGAGUUCCAAACUGGUGUAGGUUCCCCAUCAGUAGGGAUCUCCAUAGAGAAACAAAGGGCAAAUGUCAAUAAUAACGUGAUUCCACCUGAUCUCAUGGAGGACCUCAGGACCAAUCUUACAAACCUCGGACUGCAUCCAAAAGAGGUUAAUGGAGUGAAUGAGACCAAUCACAUGGCCACACCUGGCUCUGGUGAUGAGCCUAGAUCCAUUCCAAGCUCAGGAUCUGAUCAUGGUUACCUAUCACAGAACUCCAUAACCAAUUCAAACCGGUCCAACAAGAAAAGACCCCAUUCUUCAUCGAGGCACGGUGCAAGUGGCCUUGAACCAGUAGCAGAAGAGUACCAAUGGCACCAUCCUGAUCCAACUUUCAAGAUUGCUAGACUAUCUGAACUAUCAGAGAAUGGUUAUACACCAGACAAUGAGAUGUUGAUGGAAACUGGACCAACACAAACCCAACAUCAAUUCACUACUCAACCUCUUGACAAGAUGACUGACACUAUCAGGAUGCAGCUGAAGAGUCACUUUGACACUCCUGGAUCAGCCAAAGCAGAAUGUCUGAAUGAACUAACUCUUGGGAUGACAAAGAAACAAGCAGCGUGUCUCUUUUAUCAGGCUUGUGUUCUGGCCACUCGGGACUUUAUAAAAGUCGAACAGGAGGCGCCAUAUGGGGACAUUCUCAUUUCAAGAGGUGCAAAGAUGUGACAACUGAUAAAUUACGAAGAUGCCAAGCUGUCUUAUAGGUUUAUCUUAGUGUUAUAGCUGAUGCAAUUUUUUCUUUCGGUUAAGGUAUUGGAGAGUCCAAGCACAGUUUUAUAGCUCGUAGUAUUAGGACAAAUUAUUCUUAUUGCUAAGCUAUUUAGUUGUUUAAUGCUGUCCUUACCGUUAUAAUCAUAGUAAUCU